AUGCGUUUCACUCCCGUGGCUCUGAUUGCCCUUUCUACCGCGGCCCAGGCUCUUGUGCCCGCUGGCCAUAUCCUCCAGGACAAGGCCGCGUACACGACCAACAGGACCGCUGCCAGGACUUGCCGUUGCGCCGCCCCAGCGUCUACCGUCGUCGCUGCUCCUGUUUGGCUGCUCACCACAUUGUCUGCUCUGCCGACUUCGGCUGCGACCCCGACCCCGGCUGAUGCGUCUGUGAAGCCCCGUGCUACCUGUGCCUGCAGGAAGCAGUCUGCUAGGGCUGAGGAGCCUACCCAUGAGCAGGUCUACUCUGCGACUGCCACGGCCACUGCCAGCACCAGCUCCGUCGUGUACCCUGGCGAGACCUCGUCCUCGUUGUCGUCUUCCGUUUACGCCGCGGAGUCUACUUCUACCACUACCUCUAUUUAUACCUCUGCCUCGUCCGCUGUCUACCAACCCGAGACCACAUCUUCUUCCAGCCGCCCCUGCCCCUGGUGCGUGGGUAGCAGCCUCAGGACUCACCACCCAAAGCCUGAAACCUCCACCAGCACAUACGGUCCCGCGACGACAGACUACAAGGCUGAGAAGAAGGAGGAGCCUACCAGCUCCUCCUACGGAGCCGAGAGCACCACCGCCGCCUAUACCUCAAGCAGCCUGACAUCUACCUACUCCAAGCCCAUCCCGACUGAGACCUCCGCGUACCACGAGGAGGAAGAGGAGACCACUACCCUUCCCCCCGAGCGCUACGAGGAGGAGGAGGAGGAGGAGGAGGAGGAGAAGGCCCCUGCCCCGGAGCACUACGACGAGGAAGAGAAAGAGGAGGAGGAGGAGGAGGAGGAGGAGAAGUCCCCUGCCCCGGAGCAUUACGAGGAGGAAGAGGAGACCGAGGUUAAGAAGCACAAGGAAGAGCCCGAGUACGAGAAGGAGGCCAAGAAGCCCAAGAAGCCCAAGACGCACAAGGUGAAGGAGCACAAGAUCAAGGAGCACAAGAUCAAGGAGCACAAGGUCAAGGAGCACAAGUUCAAGGAACCCAAGGAGCGCAAGGUCAACACUCACGAGUUCGAGGAGCCCAAGGAGCACAAGAAAGAGACGGAGUACAAGGAGGAGGUUGAGGAGCACGAGCACGAGCCCGAGUACGAGCCCGAGUACGAGAAGGAGGAUGGGUAUGAGGAGGAGGAGACUUGCAAGGGACGCGAGUGCCGCAAGGAGCAGAGGCGCAAGAAGCGGCAGGAGAAGGAGGAGGCUGCCAGGAGCGAAAGGAAGCGCGCCAAGAAGAGCAAGGAUCACUAA